UCUUUACUGAGAACACUUCAAGAUCAGCGCUUCAAGAACUCAAGGUAAUGAAUCUCAAGAUUCUUUUCUUGCUUUGCUUCGUCACCAUUCUCAUUGUUCCCGACGCGGACGCAUGGUUCGGUGGAAGAAGACGAAGAAGAUGGUCRCCCCGGAGGAUAUAUCGUACGGUUUGCAGUAUUUCUUGUAAGGUUAAAGGAUGUAGCUACGUCAGCWCGGGUGGCGCCCCGGCUGUAUAUGUCUGCAGUAGAGUAUGUGGACGAGUUUGCAAAAAGAUCUUUGGUAAGAAGAGAGACGAGCAAGAAAAUCCAGGACCRAUUCAGGAUGAGCCAGCUCUUCAGACAAAUCCUUUCUUUGACGAAUUUAUCGUUCGCCUCCCAGCGCGUCUCUCUUUCUACGAUGCAGACAAGGACGGUCGCAUCUCAAGAGCCGAGUUCAUGGCGAUCCAUCCCCGAAAGACCGAUAAGAUAUCGACUGCAAAGACCUUUGAUGCCGUGGAUACUAACGGGGACCACUACAUUGAUUGCAAGGAGUUUCUAAACGCCAAGCUCCAAUAUGAGGCGAAACCCAAAUGCUGAUACCUCUAUGUAUUUUUGUUGCAAGCCGAAAAAAUAUAAGUUAAGGGGUUUCAUAAAGUUAAAGAGGGUCAGCUCAAAACCAUGGAAACAAAGUGUACCUGUUUCAAUUGGAAUUAACUAAUAAAUAUUAAGGA